CACGGGUAGGCGGGCUUAGGUGCGUCAGAGGCGGUGUCAAGGGAGGCGGCAGCUCCAGAGAUGGCAGAGAGCGAGAGGAGGGGGCUCGGCUGCUGGAGCCCCGCAGAGUGGGGGCAGCGACUUCUUCUGGUGCUGUUGGUGGGCAGCUGCUCGGGGCGUAUCCACCGACUGGCGCUGACGGGGGAGAAGCGAGCGGACAUCCAGCUCAACAAUUUUGGCUUCUACACCAAUGGUUCCCUGGAAGUGGACUUGAGCCUCUUGCGACUAAGCCCCGGGGAGACAGACGACAAGUCGCCGUUGGUGGGGUUCAGUCUGAGCCGGGCUCGAUCUGGCAGUGUCCGAUCCUACUCAGCCCAGGAUUCCCAUGAAUGCCCGCUCCACAGAAAUAGUAGCAACCUCCUGGUCCUGUUCCUCAUCAACACCAAGAAUCUGCAGGUCCAGGUGCGGAAAUAUGGGGCACAGGAGAAGCUCUUCAUCUCUCCCGGACUCCUCCCCAGAGUGCCUUCCCACCCCGGGCUCCCAGAGGCAGCCCCCACGGUCACUCCCGAGGCCAAGGCGGGCGGCGGAAACUCCACGGCUAGCAAAGCCCCGGCUAAACCUGCUGGGUCUCAGGGUCCCCCUGAGAAGAGCAAGGACCUGGUGUUGCACCUGGGCCACCUCAACGACUCCUACAACUUCAGCUUCCACGUGGUGAUUGGCUCCAGGGCUGAGGAAGGCCAGUACAGCCUCAACUUCCACAACUGCUACAACCUGAUGCCGGGCCAGGAACGCCCCUUCGACCUCACGGUGAUGAUCCGAGAGAAGAACCCCCAGGGCUUCCUGUCUGCCGCAGAGAUUCCCCUCUUCAAGCUCUACCUGGUCAUGUCUGCCUGCUUCCUGGCCGCUGGCAUCUUCUGGGUGAACAUGCUCUGCAGAAACACGUACAACGUCUUCAAGAUCCACUGGCUCAUGGCCGCCCUGGCGUUCACCAAGAGCAUCUCUCUCCUCUUCCACAGCAUCAACUACUACUUCAUCAACAGCCAGGGCCACCCCAUCGAAGGCCUCGCCGUCAUGCACUACAUCACACACCUGCUGAAGGGCGCGCUCCUCUUCAUCACCAUCGCCCUGAUCGGCUCUGGCUGGGCCUUCGUCAAGUACGUCCUCUCGGACAAGGAGAAGAAGAUAUUCGGGAUUGUGAUUCCCCUGCAGGUCCUGGCCAACGUGGCCUACAUCGUCCUGGAAUCCCGAGAAGAAGGUGCCAGCGACUAUGGGCUUUGGAAGGAGAUUCUGUUCCUGGUGGACCUCACAUGCUGUGGGGCCAUCCUCUUCCCAGUUGUCUGGUCCAUUCGGCAUCUGCAGGACGCAUCUGGCACAGAUGGGAAGGCGGCAGUGAACCUGGCCAAGCUGAAGCUGUUCCGACACUACUACGUCCUGGUAGGAGCCCGCCCCAGCCCCGCCCCAGCCCGGGUGUCCCAGCCCCUCCAUCCCCUCCGUCCCCUCCGCCUGUCCCCAGGUCAUCUGCUACGUGUACUUCACACGCAUCAUCGCCAUCCUGCUGCGCGUGGCCGUGCCCUUCCAGUGGCAGUGGCUGUACCAGCUCUUGGUGGAAGGCUCCACAUUGGCCUUCUUUGUGCUCACGGGCUACAAGUUCCAGCCCGCCGGGGACAACCCGUACCUGCAGCUGCCCCAGGAGGCCGAGGAGGACAUACAGACGGAGCAAGUGAUGACCGACUCCGGCUUCCGGGAAGGCCUCUCCAAAGUCAAAAAAACAGUAAGCGCCCGGGAGCAGUUGUGAUGUGGCCACUUCUGGGACCCGAAGUCCACCGUCCAUUCGUCCUCUUCCUACCGACCCUCCUGUCUGCCUCAGGGGCCCAGAGCGAAUGUGGGGAGGUGGCGGGGGCCUACCCGGCUUCCUGGGGUCCCCCUUCCUGGGGGGGGAGACAGACGCCCCCUUCGAGGCCCCAAAUCCGGCCACUUUUUCCUGGCUGCAGGGCUGCCCUGUACUUACUGUAAUAAUGACCAGUCUGUUUUUGCUA